UCUGUUAAAAGCCUGUAGGGUAGCACUCAUCACAACAAGCUUAAGAUCAGGUCGGCUAAUCAAGGUGCGGUUAAGAAUACCAACAAGUAAAUCUGUGGCUAAACUUCUAUCAUGAACUUCGUCAAGGAUAAUCACUUUGUAUCUUAAAAAGAGCACUGUUCGGGAGCUACUGCAGUCCUCCAAACGGACUCUGGACUCUGUAACCCACUUCUAAAAACAAUAUAAAUACAAAAAUAAAAAUAAAAAUAAUUUUUUUAAACUGAAAUAAUAGAAAUACUAAAAUAUAUAUAUUAUAUUAUUAUAUUAUAUACAAGUAGAAAUACUAAAUUUUUUUUGGAAAAUUAAAAAUAUAAUUUUUAUAUUUAUCAUAAUAUUAUGAUGUUUGAUACUUUAAUAAUUAUAUAAAAUGUAAAUAUUAUUAAUUUAUUAUUUAGCCGUUAUUUUUUUGGUGGUUAACCAGUCAUAAGUAUCCGGAAAACGCAUCAAUUUCUAACCGCAGUACCAGUCGUACAAAUCUUUUUAAACCGUUUAAAAUCGCAACCACCCGCAACCGCAACCGCUGCGGUUACACCAGUCAGACCCUAAAUCGUUGGACUGUGAUCGGAACGCUGCUGGGAUGUGUUUGGGAUUGGGGAUAAGAAUAUCCGCGGGGAUAUGAAAAGACGAGGUCCAAACAUAAUAUGAUCAAUGAUCUUUAUUUGAUCUUUCCUCAAAGCUCGUCGUCAUUGUUAUUUGAACCAAAAAGGCCAUGAGCAGUGAAAUUGCUGAUUGCGUAAUAUUCUUGAUCUCACUAAACUUGACCUUAUGGUCGUCAUACAGUAAGAAGAUGUUGGGAUUAAACUCCAGCUUUGGGAUUGAGUUAUAUUCUAGAAAUCUGUUACAGUCAUUGAUCAUAUUAGUGAAGAUGAAAAGAAAGAGAGUAGCACAUGCUGCUAUAGAAGAACUCCAUACGCUCCUGAUAUACAAAUGUGAUUCUUUCCUACGAAGAAAUGAUUGUUUUGAUUUUCAAAGAAUUUUUAUCAUAUCCAGUCUCAAAAAUUAUUGCUGAGAAUCUACCACCACUCUUUGUUUUCUCAAAUGAUCAAUGUUAUGUUUUUACUGAUGGUUGAUUUAGCCGAGAAAGAAAUAAAGUCUCAUAGAUUUUCAGAUUAUUUGUGUUAAUACUCUCAUUUGCUGGUGUGAUUAUCUUAAGCAAGUUAUACGUACAGGUUGCAGAACAAAAUGAAGAAGGAAGCUGGACAUUAGAUAUAUCUUAGUAGGUUGGAAAGAUAGUGUAUAUUAAUUAACUAACUAUAAUAUUCUUUAAAUUUGAAAUUCCGGCAUCCAAAACAAAUAUCCUAACUAGAGAAUAUUUUUGUUACUAAGUUUUAUGGAUUUGUAUAUUUAAAAUGAUAACAAACUAAUUUUAUUUAAUAUAUGUAUGGUAAUUUAAAUUUUAAUAUAUAAGAUACAUAUAUUUAAAGUUUAUUCUAAAAAAAUCUGUUGAUAAAUAUUUAACAAUAUUUUAAUUUUCAAAUGUUUAUGUAAAUAUUUCCAUUAUUUUUUAAUUAGCAAUGAACUAUUAUUAUGCAUUAAUAUAUAUUCAAUUAUCGUUAAUAAAAUAAAAAAUUCUAUCUUAUUUCUAUCUAUUUUAUAAUCAUAAUCAAUCAUGUUAAAAUAUUCAUUUAAAAAAAUAUAAUACAAUAAUAACGACUUAACAUUAGCAAACGGUAUAAUAUAUGUAUAAAAUUAAGAUUUUUUUAUACGAUAAUAUAUUAUUUAAAAUGAAUAAAAGUAAAAAAAUAUUGAUAAAAUAAAAUCAAGCCUUGAAAAGCAGGUCAGAACUUAGUAUAAAUUAAAUAAAAAUGUUCAAAUUUGUUGUUUGAUCCAUAUAUUAAUUUUUCAAUAAUUAAUUGCAAAUAUAAUAAGACAAAUAUAUAAUAAACAACAACAUAUACAUGUGACUGUUUUAAACAAUUGAUUAACUACAACAUAUAAACUAUAAAAUUAUUAAAUUAUUGUAUCCAAAAUAUUUAUAUAAACAUUUAAAUAUAUGAUUAACUUUUAAAAAAUAUAUACAACUAAUGAUCUAAAAUAAAUAUUUACGUAUAUAAGACUGUAAAUAAACACCCCGCUCGGUUGCGCGGAUUGAUUGGUUAGGAUUAAAAAUAGUAAUACAUAUGGAAGGAGAGGAACGUUGUAAGGCUUCGUUCUCUCGGUUCCCUCAAGCGAUCAGGUAUCCUUCGUAUUGAUCCUAUAUCUUCACAAUCGCCAUCAACAAAACUUAUCUCCUUCUUUUACUCUCCACUUGGUUAUCUCUCUUUCAGAUCUUUUGAUUGUAUUUUGUAUCUUGGAAGUUGAAUGUUAGGGUUAGGUUAACAGGUUUGGGACAUAUGUUUCGUUUCUAGGACGAAGGUGCUGCAGACAGGACAAUGACCUUUCUGAGCCAUACAAAACGUGUGACCACACGGCCUAAAAUAAACUUGAGGUCCACUGAAGAGAAAAGUAAAUUAAACUUGAUCAUACAAAACGUGUGACCACACGGCCUAAAAUAAACUUGAGGUCCACUGUAGAGAAGGAAACUAAAGUUUUGUUGAAAGGAAAUUUUCUAAAUUAUUUUUUUUUUUAAUCAAAAUUUCCUUUUCCAAAAUACACUAUAAAAAGGAAAAUAGGGUUUGGUGACUAUAAAUACAGCAAGUGGUUACGACUUCAUUCAAUCUAAAGUAAGGGAAGCAAACAACUAAAAAGCAUACAAGUACGAGAAGCUGGUGCGGUGUUUUUUGUUUGGUUUGUUUGUUUGUUGAAGAGAGUAGUGGAUAUGAUGAUGAAGAAGAAGUCAGAACGUAGGAAUCUACCAGUAUGGGGGCAAAAAGAAGAGUUUGUCCGAACAUUGAAGGAGAAUCAGAUGGUGAUGGUGACGGGUGAGACCGGAAGUGGUAAAACAACGCAGAUCCCACAGUUUGUUUUAGAAGCAAUGAUGGAUGAAAUCCCUCGCUCUGAUGAUCAGUGGUUGAUUGGGUGCACGCAGCCUCAUCGAGUUGCAGCCAUGACUGCGGCACGUCGUGUCGCUGAAGAGAUGGAUGUAAAGCUCGGGGAAGAAGUCGGUUACACAGUCCGUUUCGAGGAUCUCAGUAGCCCCCGAACGGUGCUCAAGUACCUGACUGAUGUAAUGCUUCUGAGGGAAGCUAUGGUGGAUCCACUCUUUUUGAGAUACAAAGUGAUUAUCGUUGACGAAGUUCAUGAUAGAAGUUUAGCCACAGAUUUACUUAUUAGUAUUCUUAACCGCACCUUGAUUAGCCGACCUGAUCUUAAGCUUGUUGUUAUGAGUGCAACCCUACAGGUUUUUAACAAAAGGUAUUUUACAGGUGCGCCUCUCAUCAAAGUCCCUUCUGGUAGGCUCCUCCAUCCAGUGGAGAUCUUGUACACUCAAGAACCUGUGAUGGACUAUCUCGAGUCUGCCAUAAGCAAAGUUAUCCAGAUUCACACGUGUGAGCCACCUGGUGACGUUCUUGUUUUCUUGACCGGGGAAGAAGAGAUUGAACAAGCUUGCAGCAGAAUUGUCCGUAGUCUUGGAGAUCAAGUCACAGUUGUGCCCUUGUAUUCCUCUCUUCCACCAGCUUUGCAACACAAGAUCUUCGAUCCUACACCACCACCACAUUCAGUGAGAAAGAUCAUCGUCUCCACCAACGUUGCUGAGACUUCUUUGUCCAUGGACGGGAUUGUUUAUGUGGUUGAUCCUGGUUUCUCCAAGCAAAAGAACUAUAGUUAUCUCACUACUGACGAGCUCUGGUUUGUGUCCCGAAUAUCACAAGCAAGUGCUUACCAGAGAGCAGGACGUGCCGGUAGAAAAUGUUUUAGGCUCUACACUGAGAAGACUUUCAAUGACUUCAUGGAUAAGGAGAUUCCUGAGAUACUUAGAUCAAACCUUGUUAAAACAGUUUUGACUUUAAAAAGGCUAGGGGUGGAGGACUUGACAUAUUUUGAAUAUAUAGAUCCUCCUUCCACUCGAAUGCUCUUUCGGGGCAUGGAGGAUUUGUUUCAUCUAGGAGCAAUGGAUGACCAAGGUAACUUGACAAAUAUAGGCCACAUGAUGGAGAGUUUGGAAGAGCCACUUUGAAUUUUUUUAUAAAGUUCUUUUCAUAAUAUAUUUUUUUUGUUGCUGAGAGAUACUAAAAUAUAUGAAAAUUAUUAUAAGCGCGUAGCGUCAAUUUUUAUUUUAUAAAUAUUAUUAAUUUUUUUUUGGGACAAAUAAAUAUUAUUAAAUUUAUUUGUCGAUUUGUUAACUUUGAGUUUAUAUAAAUUGUUUUUUUCAUAAUGAAGAUAGCUUCUUAAAUGGAAACAAUUACAAUUGGUGUUUUGUUUUUCUACGACAAGUUCAAGUGUUCGCCUUCUGUUUCAUACUUGGGCAUUUCCUUAAUACACAAAUAAUAAAGAAUGGGAAAUAGAUAGAUAGCACUCAACAAAAGGUAAAGCUGUGGAAGGAUGAUUUAAAGUCCUAAAUUAGGAUUGUUUCCAAGAGAGAUCUCCAGACCACGACUAAACGCUUGGUUAAACAUCAUACGUGUUUGAAAGGUCGAGAGAAAUGGGAACCACGAGCAGAACGCAACGGGAAGGAAUAUGAGCAUUCCCAUUCCUGCAUCAUAGAGCCUUGCUAGUGAGCGGAUUGACUUCCACAUCCUUCAGCAUCCGUCAUGUCAUUACCAAAAAGAGUGGACUCCCCACCGUCUGUAAUAAGUGAGAUAGCCAUAAGAAAAAGCUUCACCAAAACUGAUAUAUCUAAAGAAAUAUCUUAUAGCCUCUUACCUCUGCCAGCUUUUCUUUCCAAAUAAGACUGAAGUAUGAGAGCUUUCCAAAUAUCUUAUAGCCUCUUAGUCGUGGUCUGGAGAUCUCUCUCAUCGUCGCAGGAAACCAUCCUAAUUCAGACCUUUGAGUUUGAGAUCGUUAAUAGCUUUGCCUUUUGUUAAGGCGAACACUAGCUAGAGCUUGUAGUGGAGAAAACAAAACAGACCGUAUCACAACACCAAUCGUGAUUAUUUCCAUUUAAGAAGCUAUAUCUUCAUUAUGAAAAUAACUUGUAAAAAUUCAAAGUUUAAGAAAUCUACAAAUAAAUUAAAUAAUUUUAUUUAUAAAAAAAAAAGUGACGCUAGGCGCUUAUAAUAAAUUUCCAUAUCUAUUAGUUUCUCUCUGCAACACAAGAAAAAAAUUAAGAACUUUAUAAAAAGAAUUCAAAGUGGCUCUUCCAAAUCCAAACUCUCCAUCAUAUGGUCUAUAUUUGUCAGGUUACCUUGGUCAUCCACAGCUCCCAUAUGAAACAAUUCGGUCAAGGCCCGAAGGAGCAUUCGAGUGCAAGGAGGACCUAUAUAUUCAAAAAAUGUCAAGUCGUCCACACCCAGCCUUUUCAAAGUCAAAACUGUUUUAACAAGGUUUGAUCUAAGUAUCUCAGGAGUCUCCCCAUCCAUGAAGUCAUUGAAAGUCUUCGCAGUGUAGAGCAUGAAUCUUAGAGCCUAAAUCUUAGAACAAAAAACUGAAUCUAAAGCCAAAACAUUAUAAAAAGAAAUAUGUUAGCUUUAAAGUGUAUUUUUUAUUCUUUUCCCAAAAAGAUGAAGGCAAAUUGUUGUUGUCCUCUAAGUUCGUUGUAUUCAAUCAAGGCAAAAAAAAAAAAAAGAGGCAGUCACUAUCUGUUCAGCUAGGUACAGUCACAAACUGUUUAGUUUGUUUCAGCUAUAGUUGCUGUCUCAGGUGAACAUCAAAGUCUUUAGGUGAUUACAAAAAGAGUUUCUUCUAAGCGUGUAUGCAGAAGCUGAAGACUGCUGGAUGAGGUAUUUUCUAUUCAACAAUGUAGCUGAAGAUAGAAGACUCUCCUCUCUAUUUCAGAGAAUACACUCUCUACUUCAGAGAAUAGAAAUUCUCCAGCUCUUGUGAACCCAUGGAAGAGCAAAGUGGAGAAAUGAGAUGUGUUCGGUGAUACAUUUGAAUCUGAGCACAAAGAUAUUUGGAUCCAAUAUAGUUCCACAUGUUCCACUCCUUGUAUCGUUUGUUUUGAAGUCUGGUUUGUUUGAUUUCAAGAGAAAUGUAGGAGUUUGCUUUUUUUCACUGACUCUAACUUACUAUAUGUGUAUCACUGUGUUUCUUAUUUUUAUCAUUGUCUUUUAACUAUAAAUCUUUCUACUUUUUUAAUCAUCUUUCUUCUUUCUAAGAACCCAAAAUUCUCCACAAUCUUUCCCUUUAACCAUAUUACAUAUAGUAAGAUUGUAAAGGAAUACAAAUAAAUUUGAUAGAAACCAAUUAUUUUAUAUUUCAUGGACUUUUUGAAUUUUUCUAAAAAAAAUGCCCAAAAAAGGAACACAACUUUUACCGAGAAAAAUAAUAGUCAUAAUCACUUGCAUGUCAUAUGGAUAGAGAAACACAUUUUAAAAAGUGGAGUAAAAACUCUACUAACUAAAAAUAAUAAAACCUACUAUUAUCAAGACGAAUCAUUUUUAAUAAUAUUACUUAAUAAUAAUAAUAAUAUUGCCUUCCCUUGUGUGUAUAGACUUUUCAGUUUUGAGACCUUGUAAACUAGGAUUAGGAAAAUAUCCGGAUCCGAUAAACUAACCCAAUCGAAAAAAUAAUAUCAAACUCGAACUAGUAAAAUAUCUAAAUGGAUUCAAAAUUUUGAUAUCUAGAAAAUCGGAAAUGAACCGAAUAUUGGAUUCUUGAAGAUACAUUAAUCAUAAUUAUAUAUUUAGUAUACAUUUAGUAUUUAUACAAAAUUUGCUAGAGUUUAUCAUAAGUUAAAAUGAAAAAUUUAUUUAUACUUGUAAUCAUAUUACUUUUCAUUAUUUUAAUAAUAAUAUGUAUUUUUAUAUAAAUUAUAGUACGCAACCUGAUUUAUUUAUAUUUUAUUUUAAAACAUGUACCAUGAAAUCAUUUUAAACUAAUAUGUCAUAAUUCAAUGUUCACCAAGUCAUUUUUUAACCAAGCCUUGUCAUCCUUUUUCAUAAUCAAUAUAGUGACGAUAUCUAUUUGUAUUAAUACGAAUCAUGAACAGAGAUCAUUAAUCUAACUGUUGCUCUCUGCUUUAGUGGUGGUCGUUGUUCCAAAUAUUUAACAAGAUAUGUGAAAAGACAGCAAAGUAAUUUACUAAUUAUAUCACAAAACUAUGAUGUGCUAAAGGCCGCAAUGAUGAAUCUGAUCCUUGUAGUUCCAGUUUCUUGACGAUCUCUAAAGCAAUAGGAAACGCAAGGGAAUGGAAUAUGGCGCAGAUAACACCAGGCCCCUCACUCAAUCAUCGCAGUCAGUUAGUAAGCACACCCGACCUGGUUGCUUUACAAAUUGGCUUUUCAGAUGCAGCUUGGAGAAAGGAAUCCAACACAGUAGCUUUUGGAUGUAUCUUUAAAAACCGGGAAGGUCAAUUAAUUCAUCAGGAAGCUCGGGUUGAAAGAUAUGUCUCCUCACCUGAUCAGUGUCUCCAUUACGACCAACUUGUUAACCAUAGCUAAAGCU